GGACAAAUACCCCGAGUGUCGGGUUUGGGAACCGUCAUCACGUGGACGAUGGCGCUAAUGAGCAGACGAUAUGAGCAAACAUUAACCAAGCACAGAUAAGCAGCCGCCACAAAUCACGUCUGCAAUCACAAUGGCGUAACAGCUGUCUGCGCAUGCGUUGUUUACAUUGUCCACGCAUGACCAGAGGGCAGUGCUAGAAGCUUGCUGGAGAUUUGUUGCGUGGUGUGAGCACUUGAAAAACGUCAUAGCCGGGUUGGAGUUGCCGUGGGCGAGCGACCUUGAGAUGCGAGCUGACCUUGAAGCAUGAGCUGCUGUGGCGUGUUCAAGCUCCAGUUCUCCCUGCGGCGGUCAGAGGACGACGGCCCGGUCUUCAAGAAACAAGAUGGCGACCGUUUUGAGAGCGCCAUCACCGUCAAGCUCAACGCCAACACCAAGUACACCGUCUUCCUCACCAGCCGCCCCGCCCGCAGUAUCAAAAAGGUUUUUCUAAAAGCCGAGAAGCUGGAGAUCAACCAACAAAGACCAGAGAGAGCAGACGACAACUGUAACGUGUACCACGCUGAUUGGUCCACCAUCGGCUUUGACGUCAACAAGAGUAACGUCAGGACGUAUCUGCCCAUAGUCAUAGAGAUGGACAGUGGCCUACGAGUGGAAACGAAACUGCAAGUGAAAGUAUAUCCGGAAACGGAAACGACGCACUGCAAGUGGGGUGAUGAACUUCACAUGCUCGACCUUGAAUGCGCGGUGAAGGCCGACAAGACGGCGGUCGAGAUCAGGAAAGUGCAGUACAUCUAGCUGUUCAGCUGCUCGGAGUGCAGUACAUCUAGCUGUUCAGCUGCUCGGAGUGCAGUACAUCUAGCUGUUCAGCUGCUCGGAGUGCAGUACAUCUAGCUGUUCAGCUACUCGGAGUGCAGUACAUCUAGCUGUUCAGCUGCUCGGAGUGCUGUACAUCUAGCUGUUCAGCUGCUCGGAGUGCAGUACAUCUAGUUGUUCAGCUACUCGGAGUGCAGUACAUCUAGCUGUUCAGCUGUUCGGAGUGCUGUACAUCUAAGCUGUUCAGCUGCUCGGAGUGCCGUACAUCUAGCUGUUCAGCUGCUCGGAGAUCUUGAAAACUUUUUGUAGUAUUUCAGUUUAGCCAUACCCUCCCUAUUCUAGAACUAUACCGCUGGUGGCGAUACUUCAAUACUAAACCCUAGUCAUGCAACAGUAUAAAUCUGAUCCAAAUGAUCUCAACGCCACCGGCCACAACACCUUAAUACGCUACAUUACAUGGCCGGCUAAUACCGCAGUACAAAAUAUGAGGGUAUGGCUAAUCGAUGAGAACAUUCCCAUCAACAUAUAAAUUGCUUGCUUGUGUGGAGUGACAAAAGACGAUAUGAUUGGCUCACCACUGAGGCGGCUCAAGCUUCCAACUGUCACGGAUGGCGCAUGGGGCUACUGGUGCAAGGUGGGCAGACGACAGGCCUAAUGCAUUCGUGACGUCAGCAUAGUGGGGGCUCUCAGCCCCACACAUACCAUGGGCAGUGUGGGGGCUCUCAGCCCCACACAUACCAUGGGCAGAGUGGAGGGCAUACCAUGGGCAUUGUGGGGGCUCUCAGCCCCACACAUACCAUGGGCAGUGUGGGGGCUCUCAGCGCCACACAUACCAUGGGCAGUGUGGGGGCUCUCAGCCCCACACAUACCAUGGGCAGAGUGGGGGCUCUCAGCCCCACACAUACCAUGGGCAGUGUGGGGGCUCUCAGCCCCACACAUACCAUGGGCAGAGUGGGGGCUCUCAGCCCCACACAUACCAUGGGCAGUGUGGGGGCUCUCAGCCCCACACAUACCAUGGGCAGUGUGGGGGCUCUCAGCCCCACACAUACCAUGGGCAGAGUGGGGGCUCUCAGCCCCACACAUACCAUGGGCAGUGUGGGGGCUCUCAGCCCCACACAUACCAUGGGCAGUGUGGGGGCUCUCAGCCCCACACAUAUCAUAGUUUUGUAGCAGUUAUUUCCACACAAUAUGGGUUGUGUGUGUGGAGGGGGGAGGUAACUAGUCUCAGAUAAAAAAAGGUUUGUGUUACUAGAAAUACUAGAAAACGUGUGUAAUAAAACUGAAAUAGAUAAUUGUGAUGUUAUGAGAGAAUUUUAAAACAAAAAUUAUUUUGGCUCAAUUAUGAAACAGGCGAAAUUAAGGUAUUUGUCCAACAAUUUGCGAAGAAUAGAACACAAAAUCCUCCCCCCCCCCCCUCUUUGCCCCCACACACACUUGCAUUCUUUUUGAAGUAAAUAAUUUGAAAUUUUAAAAAUCCAUUAUGUUUAUAUUUUACAAGUGUAUAUUUUAUAAAUGCCAAAAGAUGACCCAACCAAAAGAUGUCAUAAAUGUCAUAGCUCAAACUGUGAUGCCACGGGGAAUUACUCUACAUAUAUUCUAUUUAUAUCUUGUAAUAAGGGAAAUUACUGGUGGCGUGAGAAUGAAAGGGUGGGGAUGACGUCAUGUGCUGUGAGUUGUUUUAUCUAUAAGUAUUAAGUGUGAUCUGAUAGUGAAGGGUUUUUUGUUUACUUUGGUGAGCACUAACUAGUUCUUUUUUUUUUAGCAAUUAGCAUAAUAUAUGUGUCCGUGUUCUUAGUGGUCAAUAAGAAAUGUUUGAUGUACCAAGCUAAAUUUAGAUGAUGGUAGAUUUUAACAAUGUCUGUGUGUUGUUGUAAUUACACUUUUGGGAAAUGAAACAGAAACCAUGUAUUAAUGUUGUAGUGUUAGAUUGCGUGUGUAUGUAUUCUACCCAUUAAUAUGCUAGAUUUUUUUAAAUUUUAAAGUAAAAUGUAUACAACUUUGCUGAUGUAUGUUAUUUAUAAUUUAACUAUUUUAUUUUGAUCAUUUUAAAAUAUGAGAUACAUAUGAAUUAUUCUUGAUAUUUUGGCAAUAUUUUUCCAUAUAUUUCCCCCCUCUUUAGCAUUGAUGGACUUAUACAUUCAAUGAUUCUUGGUGUCUUCGGUGUAAAUAUGCAGCAUUUUAUUUUAACCUGAUAUUUUAUGCAAAAUCUGGCCACUAUCGGGCUAGACAAUGCCGGCUUGCACUAUGUAAAUGUGUUGCAAUAUUGGAUAGCAAUAAAGCUUAAAACUGUUUCUGCUA